AUGAGCCAGGUGAAAGGAGUUACCAUUGAUAUCGGAAAAUUACCCGGAAAAAACCUUACACCUUAUGAAACUGAAAAGAAUAAAUACUACUACAACGAUGAUGAGCAUAGAGAAAGGGUGGAUGUUAUCCUAACUGAAUCUCUUCAAAAUCUUCCUGAAUAUGUAACACUCACAUAUAAACCAAACAAUCCUGAAACAAAGAUAGCUAAUAUUGAAUAUAAUGGACAACCUAAGAGUGAGUUUGACAACGAUUUGAAGGAUUGUAAAAGUGUGAUGGUAUAUUAUUGGUCAGGAGAUGGAAACUAUAAUGAUCCCCUGGUUCUCCAACUUGGUGAUGAUAAUAAAUACUACACCAACCUUAUUAGUCUGGUGAGUGUUGAUAGAGAUUCAGGCAGUCUCCUUAAACUUCUAGAUAAGUGGAGUUGUACGUGGAAUUCUGUCCAUCCUGUUGAUAUUAUGCAAAAGAAAAGCUCUUAUAAUUGUUCUUCCUGUAAUCAACCUAAGAUCAACUUAACCUCUUCACUUGUCAACAAUAAAUACACUAAAGUUAUUCAUUCGGAAUAUGCAUCAUUUUAUAAGAUUGUUGGGAGACUAAAGAAUGGUUCUCAAAACAUUACUGAUAUUCCAAUAACAAAGAACUUUUCUAAGGUUUGCGUUUACUGGUAUCCGCUGAAUGGAGAGGAAAGCAAGCCACUCCUGAUCCGCCUGCCAGCUCCUAGUACUGAUGGCAAUUCCAGUGGAAACCUUUGGUACAGGAAAGAGUCUUCCGGUAAUAAGUGGACCAAUGUGGUAGUCAGUCCACCUUCUAGUCCUGAUGAUUGUAAGGGUAUCCUAAAACUUCUCAAGGAGAUAUCACCAAAAAGUGAAGAUGAAGGUGAAGUAGAAAGUGAAUGUAUAGACCCAAACGAUGAACAAAUGAAUAAUCAAGAUUCUACGUCUUCUUCAUCCUUAUCCACUAAUCCCGUUACCACUACCAGUACACCCGGGCUUUCCCAUGGAGCCAUAGCAGGAAUAACCGUUGUAAGUGUAGGUACAGGUGGAAGUGCUCUAGGAUACGGUAGUUACAAGCUGUUUUUAUCCCUCAAAAAUCCAACUUAAUAGAGUGCCCCGUUCUCUACAUUCCGGUAAGGUCAUUAGGUUUCAGCAUACCAGACCCAUAGAAUUUUGUUAAAUCAGCGAUUAAGGGGUUCUAUCCUUCUGACCAUGCUAUAAUUUAACCUAGAGCCCAUCCUUUGUUAUAAUUUGCAUGCUUAAUUAAUGGUAGUUUCUCUUACAUGCAUAGGUAUAAUGAUGAGUGCUACAUGUCUGUAGUCAGUCCAGUUUGCCAGUAUGUAUCUCCUAGGAUCUAAUGAGAGUUGUAGAAGAGAGUCACUGCCACGCCACCAAAGCGUUCUAUGGUCAAUGAGAGACGGCAGACUUUCUUUCUCAUAGCACCUUCACCUUUUAUAACAACAAGAGAGUCUCUAAUUAAUGUCUAUGUAGUAUGGAUGAAUGUGAUUGGAGAGUGAGUCCAUGAGACCAACUUGUCUAUUCAUAAGAGACUCAAGGAUGGUAGAUCCUUCGCAAGUACCCUAAAGUCUCUCAACAACAUUAAAGUAUAGAAAAUCUUGUGAAAGUUUCCACUCAAAAGUGUUUAAUGU